GAGCAACAAGCAACGACUGAAUGAUGUGUGGAUAAAUUCUCUAUUAAGGACUAACCUCACGUGCUCAUACGCGCAAGCGUCGCGUCGGUUUGAGUAUGCACAACGAAUGUGAUCUUGCGUUCCUGUCUCCUCCUCCUUCUCCUGGAGCCGACACUGAGAGGCGUUUCGUCAUGUGUAAAGAGACAGUUUUACUGCAAUGCUAUUUCAAUAGCUCUCUAGCUCUGCACGAGAGCCAUUGACCCAAGAGAAAGGGGUGGUGCCGCGCACUGGCAUAGUCCAUGCGCGUUCACGCAUUUAUCUGGAGUCAGCUCAGCAGACAAGAACCGAGCGGAGCAGGUGUGCGCUUUCAGUCUGUACUCAGAGCUCCCCUCUCUCUGUCUCUCUCUGACUCUGAUGGACUUACAUGCGGCUCGUUAACUGCAGUGGAUGACUGGAUGCGCGGUUAUUGCUCAGGGUGAAAGUGUCCUUCUUCAGAACACAGUUCAGUGAAGAUCUUCAUCAUGAACACAGAUAGCGGAGGACGUGCUCAUAAAAGAGCAUCCCUGUCGCUCACUCUCUGGCCUGUGAAGAGGGUCCAGAGCUCACCCAGCCUGUACACAGCUGCAGGUAGUGAUUCCCAGUCUUCAGAUUCAGAUGCCUGGCGUUCACGUAGUGUGUCUGAAGGGUUAAGGAAUGGAGAUGCCAGUAGCUCGUCUUUGACUGCUAAAGGCUUCCGCAGCGUUAGACCGAACCUACAAGAUAAGAAAUCUCCCACGACGGUCCCUAUGCCUCCCCCUCGGAGAGAGAGCUAUCACAUGACCCCUAACCCCCCAACAUACAGUUCCCUUGCAAUGCUGUCAGACGCCUCCCUCUCUCCCCCACAGAGUCAUGAUAUCAUUCCUACAGGUUCCUACACCUCCUCAUACUCAUACUCUAAGACCACCCGAACCUCCACUACCCCCUCACUGGAGGAUCCCUCCUUGUCCCAACAAGCUCAUGCUAACAGUUUUAUCACUCAGGUUCUGGGAAACAAAUGGUCAUCUUCGAAAUUAACCACUGACCAACUAAAUACAGCACCUAACAAGACAAACGUGAUAAAAAUUGACCCUAAGUCUAAAACUAAGCCAAAAAAUACUACUGCUCCCCCAGCUCAAGACCCCACUGCAACUUCUGAAACACACUUAGCUUCUCUCUCCAUCCAGUUAGAUCCUCGCAGUCCAAAACCCCAAGCAGAGACCCAGUCAGGGCCUAAAUCUCAAUCCAAGAAAAACUCUGUGGACCUCGCUGACCCUACCCGAGCCCCUGUCGUACCACCAAGACCAGCGAGCAGUUUGGUGCGUGAGUUUUCUCCUGUAAGAGGGAGCAUCGGCCCGCUCUCUUCUGGACCACCUUCCCCAGACCCAGCUCGCCAGUCACCGUAUAGCCGGGCCAGUCAGGAUUCCCCUGACUUCCUUUCAGGGCUAUUGCCCAAAGCCCUCUCACCGACACCUUUCGGCCCUCUGGAACGUUCCGGGCUAAUGUCAGCCUCCCCUGCCCCAUCACCAGUAACUGUGUCAGCACUGAGUUAUUAUUCAUCAUCCACGGUUGGGCUGGAAGAGCUGCGGAUCUGCGGCAUGGACUCCUCCCCUGCGGCCACGCCCACCCCAUCCCCCACACUCAGCCACGCCUCCAAUACCACUGACGAGCUUCCUGCCGCCCUGUCAGCUGCCACGGGCACUAACGGUCAGAUGGCAGUGAAUGGAAGCUCUCAAUCUCAGAGGCCCUUUUCUCCACCUGUGUACCCACCUCCACCCCCAACCCCCAGCCCAGGCCUGGUGAAGAUCCAGCAGGGGCAUAGUUCAGAGGGUUCAGAGACAGUGAAGAGAGAGACCGCUGUCUCUGGUCAGACAGUGGUCAGUAGCUCUGUGCCCAUCGCUCGUUUCUCAGAGGAAGAAAAGAAGGUGUCCAUCCUAAAAGCGCCCCAUUACGAAGGCAUUGGACCAGUGGAUGAGUCAGGCAUUCCCAUCGCCAUCCGAACGACUGUGGACAGACCCAAGGACUGGUACAAGACCAUGUUCAAACAGAUCCACAUGGUUCAUAAAGCAGAUGAUGACUAUGGAGACUCAUAUAAUACAACAUACGCUGUCAUAAACAAAGACAAUUACCCUCCUGUCCAUGCCCACCCGCCCCCUCGAACGCACACCUACCGGCCUCUCUCUAGAAAUACCUCCGACCCGCCAGACACUGUCGCCCACCGAGAGCUCUCGCCAUCACCCGUGCCCCCUCCACCCCCUCCCAUGCCCUCUCUCCUCCAGCUCCACUCAAGAGACCUGGACAGAGAGAAAGAGUUCUCCCAUGACCCAAAUGAGUGGGGUCCUCCAGAUCGAAAAGUGGAUACGCGUAAAUACCGGGCAGAACCACGGAGCAUCUUUGAGUAUGAGCCUGGCAAAUCCUCCAUCCUUGAGCAAGAAAGGCCGACAUUUGAUUUAAACCCAGAUGACAUAGAUUUAGAGAACGAGCCUUGGUUUAAAUUCUUUUCUGAGUUGGAGUUUGGACGGCCGCCUCCUAAAAAGAGGUUGGAUUAUAAUCCUGACUACUCCACACAUGCUGUGGCACAGUCAUCCCUCUAUCUCUCGCCUUCCGAACGACCUGAUGCACCUUCAAGUUCUGCAAGUGACUACAGGAAGAGGCGAAAGUCGGAUUCAUCUGUCACUCAAGCCAACACAGGAAGUGAGCAGAAUGCCAGUCAAGUAUUUUCCCGCCCACUGGACUCCAAUAAAGCACAGACAUUGAAGAAGCCCACCAUACGUUCCUCCCCCUCCUCACCAUCCAGACCCAAAGCUGGAGAUGCUAGUGAGUCACUCUCCUCCUGUAUGAGCUCUCCAGGUAUGGAGCGCCCUUCCUCUCGUCUCUCCUCAGACUCCCUCACUAUCUCCACACCAACCUGGCCUGGCUCCAAGCGAUCCAUCUGCUUCAAGAACGGUUGGCAGGUGGGCCGACAUGAAGCUGCAGAGACUUGGAGUAGUGUUGACGAUGAAUCUGUCGUGACUCCGUCAUCACCACGGCUCAAAUCACUCAGCUGUGAUGAUUUGUUGUCUGAUGGACUUGGUGCUAGUAAUGAUGGGAGAGCGUCCACUUCUGUGACUACCACUCGCUCUGAAAGUGCAGGUUCAUUGCUCGAUGAAGAUGCUCCUCAGACGCCUCAAGUAAAAAGCCUUACCUCAUCUCCCAGGGGGCGCCGUCAUCACCGGCGUAAAAUGCCACAUGAUUCUCCAGGUUUCCUUCAACUGUACAAGAAAAUGCACCACAUAGACCGUGAGCAGCUGUUGCCUUCAGAGGUGAUUCGUUCUGUACGUGCACGGAUCCUCGAGCUGGAACGGCUACAGCAGCAACAGAGGCACAGCCUCCAUGGUUGGGCACCUUUCGGUAAUGAGGUACCUCAACACAUGGUCCCAAACCUUAUAUCAGAAUAUGAACAGCUCAUCCAGAAAUCAAAGUCAAUGCCAGACCUCGUUGACGAAAAUGCUCAUUCGGGCACCACAACACCAGGGUCCUCAAGUGCCAUCAGCUGUCCCAAACGACGCUUUUCUGUGGAAUCACUUUUAGAGGAAGACGAUCCUCCAGAAAGGGCUCGAAGUCCCCCUGAGGGACACCCAAAACCGGGACCAGACAGCAGUAGCCUGGUGCCAAUUCAUGGGAAGAACCUGAUGCAUCAAGACUACUUGGACAAUGAGCAGGACGCCUGUGCCUCCGAAAUGAGCGACGUCCACAUCGAAGGAUCAUCAGUGUGUAGCGAAAGCGACCUGGAUCACUGUUCAUUUACCUCCUCAGAGAGCUUCUACGGUUCCGGGCAACAUCACCAUCAUGGACACCAUCACCAUAGACACCGUUACCAUCGCCACCAUCACGUGCACCAGAGUGUCGGUCAGAGUCAAGGUUACCAGCACCGUCACCUCAUCAGCUCAUGUAAGGGUCGCUGUCCAGCAUCCUAUACACGAUUCACCACCAUGCUAAAACAUGAGCGACAACAAGAAAGGGCUCAGCAGGUGUCCCACCCUGCCUCUACAUCUCCUCUUGCCCAGCAGUCACCCAGUGAGACAGGCCUUUCCAAACUGGCCUUCCUGGUCAGCCCUGUGCCUUUCCGUCGGAAACCAGGCUCCCCGCCGACCCAACGACGACAUUGCAGGAGCGGUCGGCCGAAAUCCAAAACUGCAAUUUAUGAGGCUUUAGAUGCAGCUUUGCAGGACAUUUAUGACCACAUAAGGGCUGAAAAGGGGCAGGGACCAGCAAGCAUGCCAGAUGAUAGCAUAUUGCGGAGGUUAUUAGAGGAAUUGAUACCAGACGUGCCCAAGCGUAGCUCCUCCUUGCGGGCUCAGAGAGGGUCCGGCUCCCCCUCCUCGCCUCACGUCCACCAGCCUUAUCAUGGAGCCCACCAAUGUGCCUCCUACCAACAGCAAAACCACCAUGCCGACACGUCCAACAACAACCAGCAUAAUGCUAAUGCUAAUGUGCACUCCUACUCAGAUCAGGGCUCUGAUACAGGACGUCUCACACCACAGAGCAGAAGACCCACGCCAGAAAGAGAGGUCUCUUCUAAGCAGAUGACCUAUCUUAUAUUGUCUUCUCUCCUCCAUCAGAAACAGUCUACCAGGGCUAUUUAUGAUUUUAAAGCUCAGUCUGCCAAGGAACUCUCUUUUAAGAAAGGAGAUGCUGUCAACAUCAUCAGACAAAUUGACAGUAACUGGUACGAGGGGGAACACAGAGGACAGACUGGGAUUUUCCCCAUCUCUUAUGUCGAGAAGGUCGCAUCUCCAGAGCAGCAGCAGCCUGUCAGGCCUCCUCCUCCAGCUCAGGUUCGAGAGAUGGGAGAGGCCAAAGCACGAUACAAUUUCACUGCUGACACUAACGUGGAGCUUUCUCUUAGAAAGGGGGAGCGAGUGAUCCUUCUAAGGAAGGUGGAUCAGAAUUGGUAUGAAGGAAAGAUUCCUGGCUCAAACAAGCAGGGCAUUUUCCCUGUGUCCUAUGUUGAUGUGAUCAAGGGCUCUCCUUCCAAGAGCCCCAGUCACCUUGGAGACACACACACAUAUAAGGCACAUAAGAAAAUUAUGCAGGAUUCUCAGCAUUCAGGUGGUGAGCCCUUUCAAGCUGUGUACAACUAUGUGCCUCGUAAUGAGGAUGAGCUGGAGCUGAAGGAGGGGGACGUUAUUGAUGUCACUGAGAAGUGUGACGAUGGCUGGUUUGUGGGUACCUCUCAGAGAACCAGGUUAUUUGGAACAUUUCCAGGAAACUAUGUUAAACCGCUUUAACAAAGAGGAAACAAUGGCACAAAUACGGCCACUCCAGUGCCUACUGUGUAGGGCCAAUGAGGCACCUCACCUUUGAGUGUGUGUGUGUGUGUGUGUGUGUGUGUGUCCAUAUGUGUGAGUGUUCACAAACACAACAGUUUUAGCUCUGCCAUCUCCGCACAGACAAACCACUGAAGUUUAUUUCACUUUGAGCACUUUGUUUUUGUGCCAUCAAACAGUCUCUUUCUGUUCCUUCAUCUGCUAUUCUGACAAUGUUUCUUCCUGUUAUUUUGACAUUUAGUUCAUUUCCAGGAUGUGGUAGCUCAGAGUUAGUACAGUGAGGAUUCAGGCUUCCACAGUAUUGAAUAAGGUCAGUAGAUCAGUAGAAAUGAUACUGAGAAGAAACCUCAGGCAUCAGCGUUGAACUUUAUUAUCUGUGUUGUGUAAUAAACAGUGCAAGGUUAAUAGCAAUAGAGACCACUGGUUAUAAAUGAGGAUGGAUAUUUUCAUGAAAAUGAGCUGAAUGUGAUAGCAUGGACAGUUAUGAAAUUGCUCAUUCCUCUUGUGUGUGGCCAAAAACGUGAUAGGAACUGACGUGUUUUAACCAUUAAUUGAAUCGGUAACAAUGUUUUUGCCAAUUACAAAAUAACUGUCAUGGAGAAAUUUUGCAAUUGUCUAAGUGGCAAUCAUUCGUAUAGGAUACUGUUCGUAUGAUUAUCAGUGCAUUGUGGGUUUUUGUAAAAGUUGUCUUUAAAAAGAAAGUGCUUUUCUUGAAUUUGGUAACAAAUAUUUGAUUAAUAAAUUUUUUCUAAUGUUUACUUGAGAAUUUUAUGAACGGACUGAGUUUUAGAAUUGUGAGUGAAUCACCCGACUUUAAAACAGUAUAAAAUCGUGUAAAUUAAUAUUCAGUCAUUGCUUGUUUUAUUAAUGAAUGGUAACAAUGCAUAAAGGUGAGCCUGCUAUGAUGUUUAAUUGUUUUAUUUGUUAACCUAAAUUAAUUUAUCUAAAGCAUUAUUUUCUCCUUUUUUGGUGAAAGUUUGAUCUCUGAUAUAAAACUUAAAUGAUGCAAUUGAUCUCCCACAUUUUUAAUGAGUUUCACUCUUUUAAAAUUGCAAUCAUAAAAUGCAAUAGAGAGAGCUGUUGGUCUUUGAUGAAUGUUUGUAUGCUUGGCUGACGUUCAAAAUGUUUUCGUUUUUGAAGGAUUUGUAUAUCAGUAUUUUCUGUAUCACUUGUUGUGUUCUCAUCUGAAAGCAUAUAGCUUGUGUUGCAUCAGCUUUUACAAAUACGUAUAUUCAGUAUAUGGAAAAGGGUAUAGCAUAGCAAACUUAAAGCACCUUAGACAUUUCUUAGGUCUGUAAAUGUUUUUGUUUUCUUUAAGGUUGAAGUGUGUAAGAAUGUCAGCAAUGAAAUAUUUUGUUUCUUAAUAUGCAGAGAGCUAUGAGGAAACUUUUUUUGUUCAUUUGAGCACAACCAGUCGUUUGAGUUUGGGGCGGGGCUUUCUGUUUGGCUGACCAAUGGCUGAUGGGAAGGAAACCUGUCUGAAAACAAUUGCAACUGUGUUUAAUAUGCACAAAUGACACACUUCAGCAUUAGAAUAUUCUAAUCACACUGUUUGCAUUUUUUCAGCUUCAUGGCUGUGUUUGCUGAUACUUUAUAUGUGCUUUUGUAUUGUAUUGUACAUGAGUUUCACUUAUAUUAUAAAGCCCUUCCUUUUUCACAAAAUCUUUGUAUUUCAUCCCAUAUGCCAAAUUUAUUGAACAUCUUUGGUGCAAAAAAAAGAAAAAAAAGAAAAUGUAUGCAAAAAAAUAGGCAAAGAAUAUCUUGGGGACUGUUAAAAGACUUCUUUCAGCACCGAGUAAAGACAAAACGGAGUCAGAAGAUAUUUUGUCACUUUUUGCAAACUACUCUGCUCUACUAAAGACAGUGGAUUGGAGGAUAUUUUUGUCUUUUUCCUCAGCCUUUUGACUAAAUAACAUAUAGUGUUAUUUGACGUGUGCUUGAUGAGCUGGUGAGCUUUAGAGAAUCGAGUUUAACCUGCUCACUUUCAAAUAAAACUUUUUUUUAACUUCC